AUUCUCCACAAUGACUAAUGGAAGAAGUAAUAUCAAUUUGCAGACCAGGUCGAUCAAGACAUCUGGUGAACCAAAAAACUUUGAGCUCACAGGGGUAGUUGGGGAGGAGGAUCAGCCACCCCGAGAAGCUUCUGAGCGCGGAGCCUUCGAUGAGUCUAAGCUGGUUGACGUCAACAUUGCCUUGAGCUGGGAAGCCUUUGAGGUGAAGCAAGGAACAGAGACAGUGCGUGAGUAUUAUAACGAGUUCCUUAAGAAGGUCAAGAACCUCGGAAGAGAGUUGGAGGAAGAGCAGCUGGCGUGUCUGUUCCAGGAAGGGCUACGCGAGGAGUUGCAGGAAGGGGUAUGUGCAGCGAACUGCGGAUGGAUCCUUAAUUAUGUGUCAGAUGUAGUUGAUGAAGCUGAGAAGGUAGAGGCCAAACUUAGAAGCAUCAAGGAAAAGGUGCCGCUCGUGUCUGAGGAGUUUGCAGAUGUUGACUGCGGACAAAGCAAUUUGGGCCGACCCGCAUCCGAAGAUGAGGUGGAGAGCAAACCCUCCAAAUCCUAUGAUCCGGAAGACCAUAUCAUGCAAGAUUGAGAUGGCUAGAGUCAACAUAAGAUUCAAAGCUGUGUCAGUACCAAAAUAAUAUUUUGCG